AUGUUGUCAGCAGGAGUGAGGCCUGGUGAUCAAAAGGCCAUAGCCAUACAAAAAUAUCCAAAACCUAAAAACAAACAUGAAGUGAGACGAUUUCUCGGUUUAUGUGGGUUUUUCAGAAGGUUCAUUCCACGUUAUGCGGAGAUAGCCCGACCAAUAAGCGUCUUACUUCGGGAUAACGAGCAAUUUGUGUGGACAGAGACUCCUCAGGAGGAAGCGUACAACAAUCUGAAGGACAGGUUGGUCAGUAAACCAGUGCUCCAAGUCUUCAAUAAUAAUGCGGAUACUGAAUUACACUGUGACGCUAGCAGUGUGGGUCUGAGUGGCAUAUUGCUUCAACGAGGUGAAGGUAAGAGGUUACACUUGGUGCACGCUGUAUCAAAAAAAACUACCUCAGCUGAACGACAUUACCACUCGAGCAAGCAGGAGCUAAUGGCAGUGGUCUGGAGUAUGUGUAGAUUGCGACCUUAUUUAAUUGGGAUUAAAUUUUUAGUUGUUACAGAUUGUCAGGAAAUUGUACAUCUUAAUACCCUAAAGACUCUGAACCCCCAAGUAGCGCAUUGGGCAACGCUUCUAAGUGAGUAUAAUUUUGAUAUAAAACAUCGUCCACGCAGUAGGAUGGAUCAUAUUGAUACCUUGAGUCGUGCGCCGACAAGCAUGUCACAGGACACUGAAACUGAAUUAUUGGAAGAGCACAUGGAAGUGUUUAUUGCUAUGACCGAGGAGGAUCAGGUGAUAGCAAUGCAGCAGGCAGAUGUGAAACUUAAAACAAUCAUGAGUAUCCUUAGUCAAGAAGAAUCAGAACAUACAACAACUGAAGCGGAAAGAGUGUAA